CGUUGGGUAUAAAUCUGACAUAUCUCACUCGAACAUGCUAGAGUUAUCACAGACCAGGAAGCAGUAGGCUAAACUGAAACAAGUAGCGAAGGGAAUAUUUUGAUACAUGGGCCUAAUAGAAGACCAGCAAAUGUUUAGAAACCAUGGAAGUACGUCGGAGCCUCUGUUGGAGGCUAUCAAGAUGGGCCGACAACAGUUAGCAAACGAAAAACUAACGAAGGCAGACUACUCUGAUUUGGAAUACCAGGGCGAAUCUCAGGAUGGUACCCCGCUCUAUUGGGCAGCGGCGAAGGGAUUCGAGGACUUGGUCAGGGUGUUAUUGCUGCUGGGAGCGAGUGUGGGGGCAUCGACUAUUUGGGGAGGGACGGCUCUCCACGCGGCGGCGGAUAACGGACAUGACCAUAUAGUAGACAUAUUACUAGCGAAUGGUGCCAAUGUUGACGCCCGGACCUCCAGCGGGGACACGCCCUGUCAUUUGGCAGCCUACCGAGGGUGCCUCAAGGCGACCAUGCGACUUGUAGAAGGUGGCGCCAACACCCGUAGCAGGAACGACCAAGGUAAUGACGUCAUGAGAGAAGCUGUGCAGAAUCGCCGAUAUGAGGUUGUCAAAUAUUUAUGGAGUUUUAUAAAAUCAGAUUAUAAAACGCCGACCGUAAACGGAGACACAAAAGACAUUAUUCCAGAAUCAACUGUCGUUGUGGGGAACUGUCAUGAUUUCCCAAUAAGGAAACAUUCUUACAAUCAGAAACCAAGAUCUGAAGACCACCACACACUCGUCCGAAGAUCGUCUGUACCGCCCAUCGAUUACAACCUUGGGGCAAGAUUGCAACAACAAACGUAUCCACCCGCUACGCGGCGCUGUAGUGGGUUUCAGGCUGCGCAUGACUAUGGACCUGUUUAUCAUGCGUCAGAAAGACCGCCAAUUUCGGAAAGGAACCGAGGGAGACCUCAGCAAGAUGUGCCCAUGAGGUACUUCUCAAGCUCCGCAUUGUACUGCCAGAGUGAGCUGUCCACGCCAACACCCUCUGAGGACGAAGUGGACUGGGAUACUAGUCUAUGUGUAGAUGAGGAUAAAUUCAAGUCAAAACUUUGGGGCAACGAACGCUGGAUGUGACAACAGACUACAGAUCAAGUCAAUAUGAUAUCUUUGCCUUUAAACUUUACACUUAGCGUAUCUCAUGUUUUAGGAUUUUCAUAUCCAAUUCAAAAUAUUUAAGAUCUCAUAUCAGGGAGAAAGAUCACUUUUGUAGAGCGUCGAAGCACAAAUAUGGCCUUUCAGAUUAGGCCCGGUAGACCAACAAUCGGAUGGAGGCGUUGCCUAGUAGUUUAUGCGGCCGGCGAAACCGGCUUAGAAACACCCCUUGCCUACCGCAUGCAAUGGGGUAUAGAAAAGGAACGAAAGGGUGCAGGUUUAUCAUGGCGAAUUAUCGGUUGUGAUCCUCCAGUUCUAUGACGUCUCUUCAUUUAAUAGGACUGUACGAAGAACCGAAAUAAUGAAACCGAUAUGACCUGUAUCAUUGCUAUUGCCAACUCAUCCCAUAUAUGUAUUUAUAUCAUAAAACAUUUAUGGAAUUUAGAACGUGAAUAUUUUCUAAUCUGGUGCUAAAGUCACAUGAAUUGAGGGUAGCACAGGGUAGCACGUAUUUAAAAAGUAAGUGUUGAUAGUCAUGUGUGACCCCAUCAAUCAUUCCCAUGGUUGUAAUGUAGAGAAAACCGUAGCUCACAUAUCGAAAGCUCUGAUUGGUCAGUUCAUCACGGAUGAACAAACCAGGAAGCGCCUCACAUAUGUCUAAGGGGUGUAUCAAAAUUCAACUCCCAUUAUAUUAGAUUUCAACUCUAGACACCUGGUUGUCAGAUUAGAGAUAUUUUUUUUCUGUGGCAGGCAAAUAAGGUUUCUUGACAGAGAGAUCGUGAACUAAUUAUCCAUUUGUUCGUUCGUGUACACUCUUAAAAUAUUAAAAUCUAUUAAAAAUAUUAAAAGCUAAAAAUAUAAGGUCUUGAAAGCCUUUAAUCUUGUUUGGGCCAACACCGAUAGAACACGAAAAAGAAGAUCCGAAGAGGUUUUCCAGCAAAAUGGAAUUUAAAAAAACCUUCGAGGAUGUUUAAUUUUUCUUCCGGUAAACAUUCAUUUACAAUACCGUGCUGCCACCUGUAAAGAUACGUACAUGUAUGGCGAGCAUUUCCAGUGAGCCACAGGUCUACAGGGCGCAGAGGGCAGGAGGGGCAAACUGUGCAUCCGGCCUUAUUUUCAGAAUGGAACACACCGUAAAGGUUAUACAUCGUAAGCGUCACCAUUCUUGCUGUUAAAAUUGUUGCCGACUGCCCUGAUUGGUUGUUGGUCUGUGAUGUUAUCUUAUAUCUAAACGUUUGAAAGUUUUGUUAAACUGUGAUAGCAUCUAAAGGCUGUUACCGGUAUUUAUUUUUUUACGUCGGUGUAUUUUGUCUUCUGCCUUAUACUGCUGAUAAAAUAUAUAAACUAAGUUAUUAUA